AACGUUAGACGGUUGCACAACACAAACAGACGCUGAAUUAGCAUUUUCAUUUUCUAUAUAACUUUAUUUCAGGUGUCAUGAGAUAAUAUUAUCAGUUUAUUCCACACAAAUCAAAAUAAAAUGUCUUCAAAAAAUAGAUUGAUAACCUCUUCAUACAGAACGACAAAACAAUCAGGAAGUGAACGCAAAUUUGCAAAUGAUGUUAAGCCAUCAACAAGCAAGGAUCAGUUCGAGCAGGACAUGGUUGUGUUGAAGGAGUUUGACUUGAACUGGGAAUAUGGCCCCAGCAUGGGAAUCACACGAUUAGAGCGAUGGAACAGAGCGGAGAAGCACGGGCUGAAUCCUUCACCCAGGGUCCGCCAGAUUGUGGAGGCCCACAGCGAGGAUGAACAAUACGUGCAAUGCUUGUGGAAUGACUACAAGAACCUUAUCUGAAGAAAAGCACUUCUGCCAUGUGUUAGCAACUUUUAAAGACAUCUGCAAUGUAUCUGCAAAUUUUUAAGACAUCUGUCAUGUAUAAGGAAGGAUUAAAGACAUUACAUCUCAAAUUUACCAAAGAAAUUGGAUGAAAAUUGGAUGAUUGGAGGAAAAAUGAUUCGACAACAUAAAAAUUAAGUGUUGGAUUCGACAUCAGAAAGGUGUUAAAAAUGGUUAAAUACUACAUGUAUAUUCUUUAGCAGCACUAUGCAAUUGAUGGUGUUAGUCGGAAUACAGCUACAUGUGGAGUAAACACUUUCUUUACCUUGUGACUGUAUCUAUUGAACAAACUCACCAACAAAAGAAUUUCAGUUUAAACUCUAAAUGUCUUCACAUUAAUUUUUAUCAUUUAUUUCGUUCGAGAAAUUGGGGGCGUUAACAAUUAUGAUACUGCCAUAAAAAAAAUUAACAAUGCUUUUGUAAAUGAUAACUGUUGACUGUUUUCAGUUUUAUAUUUAUAUUCUAUUAAUAUUUUAUUAUUGUUUCGGCUGUUACUGUAUGUUCUUUACCUGGAAAGGAGUUUUUGGAAUGUUACUGUCCCCUGUUUUAGAUUUUUAUCUUACAAAAUUUGCCAUAUUUUUAAUGAUAAUUUUUUUGUCAGAUUUUAAAACUGGUCAAAGAUGAUCCUUGAUUUAAGUUUAACAUUGUAUUAUGUCAUUUUUAACUGUAACAUUAUAGUAUUUCAUUUUAAAGUUUAACAUUGUACUAUUUCAUAUUGAAGUUUAACAUUGUUCUAUUUCAUUUUUCAAGUUUAACAUUGUACUAUUUAUUUUUUAACAUUACCAUGGUACUAUGUCACCAAAUUUUUACUCAGGAAGUGCAUUAUUUGUUUAAUAUGUAUAAAAGAAAUCCAAUGUUGACAAUUGAAAUGUUGAAAUCUACUCACUCUUGCGUCUGUGUCGGCAUCACACCUUGGUAAUUAAGGUUUUGCAUGUAAGCACAUAUCAGUCAAUAUCUCAGCGAAAACUUUGUUGUACUGCAUUGAAACUUUAUACUCUUAAGUUAGAUAACUCUAUUUGGCAUAAAGUCAAAAUUUUGCCCCUUAAUUAUUCAACUCAGAAAUUCUAGUUAAGAUUUUGCAUGUUAGCACAUAUAAGUCAAUAAUUCUCAGCAACUACUUCAUAUAUUACAUUGAAACUUGAUACAAUCAAGAGAGAUAACUCUAUUUUGCAUGUUAUGCAAUUAAUUGCCGUUUAUUAUUUGAAUUGGAAUGUUAUCUAAUUUUACAGUGAUCCAUACAUGUUUCGACAAAACUUUGCAAUCCUUAGAAUCAAAAGCUGUGGAAUAGUCUAGCGCGCUGUCUCUAUUAAUUACUGCUCUUGUUAUGUAUGAAAUUUAGGCCGCAAUUUAUAAAUAAUUUGUUUGGUCUUUCCUGCUGGACUUGCAAAAAUACCUUGGGUUAGCCUCUCCAGUUGCCAUAUUUACUGCCUUCUAAAGGCUGUUUCUCCUUGCUAAAAAUUAGUCCAUUUUUCCCAAAAUUUUAUAUUUUUUUCCCAUCUGAUUACUGUAGAUUACGUUAAUGAAUAAAAAAAGAAAUUAAUUUCUUGAAAUAUAAACAAAAUCUUGACAAAACUUACUCUUUCUUAGCAAAAUGUUUGCAUAAAAAAGUUACAACAUGGAUAUUAACCAUUAUAUUAGCUAUUUUGGCCCAGGCGGUAAAAAAUACCGGUAAUUCAAAAAAAAAAUCACUGAAACUAUUAACUGGCCUUAUGCCUGCAAUUUAUUGAGUUUCUAUUAUAUUAUGUUUAUGUUUGUGAUGUGCUUAUCUAAGUCGGCCAUAUGUUGUUUCUUAAAGAAAAUGAUGUUGAUCAUACGUUUUUUUGUGGCACAAUGUUUUCACAGAUUGUAGCUUUUGUUAAUGUUCUACUACUGUUGCUAAAUUAUAUAAAUUUUAGUAUUGUUAUCUUUUACCUAAACAUGUUAGUUAUUAUGUCAAAUAUUGUACCUCAACUCUUUCCAAAACAUUAAUUAUAUCCAAUCUUACAUCUCAGCUCAGCCCAAAACGCAAUUAUUCUUAUGUACAAAUAGAACAUCUCAGCUCAGUCCAAAAUAUGUUCAUUAAUACAUCCAACUCAGUCCAAAACAUGUUCAUUAUUUCAUCCAACUCAGUCCAAAACAUGUUCAUCAUUUUGUCCAGCUCAAUCCAAAACAUGUUUUUUACUACUUUCUACUCAGUCCAAAACAUGUUUAUUACUUCAUUCAACUCAGUCCAAAACAUGUUUAUUAUUUCAUUCAACUCAGUCCAAAACAUGUUUAUUAUUUCAUUCAACUCAGUCCAAAACAUGUUUAUUAUUUCAUUCAACUCAGUCCAAAACAUGUUUAUUAUUUCGUCCAACUCAGUCCAAAACAUGUCUAUUAUUUCGUCCAACUCAAUCCAAAACAUGUUUAUUAUUUCGUCCAGCUUUCAUACGAUUACAAGUACUGAUGCUCUUCAGUAUGAUAGAAAGUUUUCCUGAUCAGGUUCAGAACAAUAUCUAUUUUUUUGUGUGUUUUAGUAUUUGGAAAGUAACAUCCAUAAUUUUAUUCUUAAUGCAUAUGAACUUAAAGGGUUAAAACUUACUACAGGCAUGUUGAUUAUCACAUUUUUCUUUUCAUUUCAGAACGUCCAUGAUUUAAUUCUUUAAUAAUUUGAACGCCAUUGUGUUAGUUUAUUGUCCUAUAUACCAUCAAUGUUUUGUAGUUUAAUUAGAGCCAAAAAUAGAAAAAAUAAAUUGAUAUGAAGAAUUAAGUUCUAUCUUUUCUUUUGAAUAUGCCUUGCAUGUUUCUGUAUUAAUCAAAAGUAUUUUAGAUUAAGGCAUCUAAAUUUGAUUAUGUCUUAGCUUCAAGAUUGUGAUAGCCUGAUAGGGUAGUAAUUUAUUUGUUAUACUGUUCUUAAUCUUAUUCUCUUCAUGUUAAGCUGUUUUAUUUUAUACCUUGUUUGUUUUGUAUUCACAUUCAGAUUGUUAUAUUUAUAGGGAUGUUGUUAGUGACAAGAUUUGUUUUAAGGAAAUCCAUUUUAUGUUAAAUGCAAAAUACUAU